UAAGCUGCAUCUGACCCUUUAUAUUUUUCUCCCUUCCCAAGGUUGCAUCUGAGCUUUGGCUAAUUGGCUGGCUGCUCGGGGCUUGUUUCUACGGUAUGCAGAACAAGGAACAGCAUUAUGCAGUGCACAGUGCUUUCAGUUCCUUCCUUAGUGCUAACUCCAUGAUGUGAUCUUGCAACUGAGAACACACACACACACAGAGAGAGAGAAAGAGAGAGAGAGAGAUGGAGGUUGUGGCGACGGCGGCGGCCACCUCUUUCGUGGAGUGGAUGGUGCCGAAGCUCUUUGAUUUCUUAGAUAAAAAUCACGAGCUUCGGAAGAACCUGGAGCGUGACAUCAAGUUCAUCCAGAACGAGUUUGCCAUGAUUUCUGCGGUCAUCCAGGAUGAGCAAAAAGUUCGCCAUGACGGUGGCGAAGAGGUGCAUAAGGAGUGGAUCAAGAUGGUACGUGAGGUGGCGCACGCCAUCGAAGACUGCAUCGACCGCUUCAUGCACCGCGUGAGGAUGCCGGAGACAGGCGCCGGGUGGCUCCGUCACGCUGUCCACAGGGUGAAGACGGUGAAGGCUCGUAACGAGUUCGCCGUGGCCAUCCAGGAGCUCAAGAAGAUAUCAGAGGAUGCGUCUAAGCUAAAAGUAACAUACAGUAGCAGCAUCACCUCUUCACCAGGGCGGUCGAUGUUGUCUGAGCAGACAGAGACGGCAAUGACCAAAGAAGACGACGGCGACGAUGACCAUUCAGCAGCAUCCGGACCUGUGCCCGUGGGUAUGGGCGGUCCACGAAACGAGCUUCUGGAUAUGAUCCAGCAGCAGCAGCAGCUCAAGGUGAUCACCAUUGUUGGGUUCCACGGUAUGGGCAAGACACUCCUCGCCAAUCAUGUGUACAAGGCAGUUGAGAGCCAAUAUGAAGCUCGGGUUUGGGUCCCUCCAGCAAAACUAGAGGGAAGAGCCACUGAUGUUCUCAAGGAGAUACUCCGACAACUUGGCCAAUGCGUCGACGGCCGUCUCACCAAGCUUCAAGCCAGCGUCAAAGAGUGCAUUGGGACCAAGAGGUUCUUCAUUGUAAUUGAUGACUUGCGGAAACCAGGAUAUUGGCACGAUGUAAAAGUGGCCUUUGCGGGGUUAAGCGGCAGAUUUCUGGUGACGACAGCCAUUCAGCGCGUAGCAAAUACCUGCAGCAGCUCAAUUGUUCAUGAUCAUGUGUACACAAUGGCAACUCUUGCCGAUGAACACUCAAGACUAUUGUUCUUUAAUGAAGCUUUCCAAGACGAUGAUCUACCGCCGAAUGCGGAGGAGCUUGGCUCCGCAGCGCUCAAGAAAUGUGAUGGUCUUCCACUUGCUCUUGUUACCACUGCCAGGUUCUUGCAAAGCGCAGGUAAUCCAACAACCAUAAAAUGGGCAAAGUUAUGCGCCGAUAUGGGUACAAAUCUGGAGAGUGAUGAGCUAUUUGAAAGAAUGAGGCGUGUGCUUGUCCAGAGCUACACCAGCCUUGAUACCCAGGUUGCCAGGACAUUCUUGCUCUAUUUGAGUACCUACCCAAGUGGUCGCCCUAUCAGGAAAUCGAGCCUGUUAAGGAGAUGGUUAGCAGAAGGGUUAUGCCCGGGAGACAAUGCACGCACUGCACUCGAUACUGCUAUUAACAAUUUCAAUAAGCUUGUCGACCGGAGUAUCAUCCAGCCUAUGGAUGCCAGUGGUAGAAGCACAGAGGUGAAAACAUGCCAUACCCAUGGCAUGAUGCUGGAGUUUGUCCUGCGCAAGUCAAUGGCCGAAAACUUUGUCACCGUGUUGUAUGAUCAACAAUCUACCCCACACCUACCCAGUAACAUCCGCCGACUUGCUCUGCAUGGUGCAAGGCCCAGUGAAGUGCAAGGUUUAACUCUUGUCCGGUCACUGACAAUCUUGGGAAAGGCACACCGAUCUGUCCUGGAUUUCUCAAAGUACCAGCUGCUGCGAGUUUUGGAUCUGGAAGAGUGUGUUGAACCCUUGAGGGAUAGCCAUCUCAAGUUGAUAUGCAGAAAACUGUUCUUGCUGAGGUACCUAUGCCUCGGGAAAGCUGUUAUUGCGAUGGCGCUUCCAAAGGAGAUCAGCAAGCUUCGAUUAUUGGAUACAUUGGAUGUGAGAAAUACACCGAUAGAGAUUCUGCAAGCACAUGUCCUGGAGCUGCCAUGUCUAGUUCAUCUCUUUGGGAGGUUCAAGCUCAAGCAAGAUGUAGGAGACCGGAGAAUGAGUAAGCUACAGACUUGGUUGUCAGUGAAGAGCAAAUUGGAAACACUGGCAGGAUUUGUUGUGGACAACAGAAAGAGCCAAGAGUUUGCACAGCUCAUGUACAAUAUGAAUGCUUUGACAAAGGUGAAAAUAUGGUGCGAGCCUACGGCCGACACCAGCUGCUCAAGUCAUCUCUCAAAGGCCAUCAAGGGGUUCAUUGAGAGAAGCAGCGUGUUCAGAGGGACCCCUUCACUCUCACUCAGUUUUGAAGGCGAGUUGACCCAAGACAUGCUGAAUUUCUCUCUGGAGAAAGUAAAUAAUAAUUGCUGCUAUCUUGGCUCGCUCAAGCUGCAAGGAAGCAAGAUAUGCAGCCUGCCCUCCUUUGUUGCCUUUCUGGGUGGUCUCACUAAGCUAGGCCUUUCUUCCCCUCAGCUGAGCCUGAGCGAAGACUUCCUUGCUGCCCUGAGCAAAGUGCCCGGCCUGGCGCACCUGAAGCUGGUUGCAACUAUCCUGGGCAAGCUCGUCAUCACAGAAGGUAUGCUGAAGAGGCUGUCACGCCUAUCCAUGGUGGUGGAAUCCACGAUUGAUCAGCUGGAAAUCAAAGAGGGAGCUCUACCGUGCCUCAAAUCGCUGCAGCUGCUAUGCAAAUAUCUAGAUGGCUUUUCGGGCAUAUCGCCGAUCAAGUACAUUAAAAAUGUUGAGGAGAUUGCUCUUCAUCAUGAGGUGAGUGAUGAAACGAAACAUGAGUGGACAGAAGCUGCAAAGAAGCUCCCAAAUCCACGUCCCAAGAUCUUGUUUCUCUAGACACCAUCAACACAUCCAGCAGUACAAGUUGCGAGUUGCUAAUGGUACAUCAUUCUCGUAUGCUGCUAAUUAGUUGAUGGCCAUUCAUGGACAAGUGUGUCAUCAACAUGAUCAAGUGCGUCAAAUAAUUUAGUCCUCUUUGCUCGCGAGUCGAUUUGGUGGCUUCCCCGUUGUUCGUACUUUUAUGUUGUGUCACCACUAGGAUUUAUUUGUUUGUAACAGAUCGAAGUUAAUGAUGUGUGAAUUAAGCGGAGCAAACGAUUUUCUUUGCAAGAAAUAUGAUGACUUCCUGCUGUAAUAAAUAAGUUUAGUCUGUUUGUUGUUGGA